AAUUAUGGAUGAAGAACUUCCUAAGGAGUUUGACCUUGUAGUCGUAGGGACAGGGUUCACCGAAUCAGCAGUAGCCGCAGCCGCCAGUCGUAUUGGAAAAACCGUCCUUCACGUCGAUCCAAAUGACUUCUAUGGCAGCUGCUGGGCCUCCUUCAAUCUCGAGAACUUCCAAUCAUUCCUAUCGAACAACAUUAAAACCGAGACCAACGAUAUAGCGUAUACCAAACAAAUUUGGUACAUUCCAGCUGAGGAAACGGACACGGUAACGGAGACAGAAACAUCAUCAACAAACGAAGACGACUGGACUCAAACGAAAGUGCUGAAGAGCUCAAGAAAAUUCAACAUCGAUCUCACCCCGAAACUGCUUUUCUCUGCUGGCAAGCUAGUUGACUUACUGGUGUCAUCGAAUAUAUGUCGAUACGCUGAGUUUAGAGCAAUCGAUCGGAUCUCAACCCUCUAUGGGGGAGAACUGCUGAAUGUGCCCUGCUCUCGCACCGAUGUCUUCAACACAAAAGACCUUUCGAUUGUAGAGAAACGUCUGUUGAUGAAGCUUCUCACGAGCUGCAUGAACUUCGAUGAUAAGUCGGAAGAGUUCGCCAAGUACCAAGAUAAGACUUUCCUCGAGUAUCUAAAGGCAAACAAACUAACAGAGAAAAUCAUCCAUUGCGUGAUGAAUUCCAUUGCCAUGUGCAACGAAAGGACCACUCUUAACGAAGGCGUCGAGAAGAUGAAAAGCUACUUGCAGAGUUUGGGUCGUUAUGGCAAUAGUCCAUUCCUCUUUCCCAUGUACGGAUGUGGGGAAAUUCCACAGUGCUUCUGUCGACUGUGUGCUGUCUUUGGUGGAACUUAUUGUCUGAAGAGGAAGGUUAAUGUUGUUUCUACCAAAGAAGAUGCAAUAACUCUUCAAGUUGAUGGACACAUUCUCGAUGCAAAGCACUUGGUCGUAUCCAGUGGAAGCUUGCCUGUUGGUGUAUUUCCUAGCAAUUGUCUCGCCGAAGGCCAGCAGAGAUGUGGUAAUUUAGCGAGGGGAGUUUUCAUAAGCUCCACGCCAAUUGGCAAUGAAGACCAGAACUCAGGUGGGGGAGGGGUGAACGUGAUACGACUGAUAGACAGCUUAGAUACUACUAGGGGAGCUAUUUUACUGCAACUUUCACACUACUCGGGAACAUGUCCCAAAGGACUUUAUUUAAUUCACAUUACUGCCGAAGCAGUAUCUAACGACCCUGAAGCUGAUUUGGAACCGUUUGCUAAACAAAUAUUUAAUCCCGACUUACAAGGAGCUCCAAAACUACUCUUUGCAGCUUAUUUCCUAACAAAAAGAUGUAAAGUAUGUCAACAAAACCAAACUGAUUCUACAAAGCUUGUACCAAGACUCCUAUCGACUUGUGGUCCAUUCUUCGAAAUCGACUACGAUUCAUCUAUUCAAAAUGCUAAGAACAUGUUCGAAAAAAUCUAUCCUAACGAAUCAUUCUUGCCAAGAGCUCCCGAUCCAGAGGAGAUUAUUAUUGGGGAUGAAGAUCCAGUUGCUUUGGCCGAACAUACCCUGGCGGAGGAUCUGAAGGCACAAAUGCAUGAACUUGAAGAUAGUAUGGAGUCAAUGGAUGUUGGCGAAAGCGAUGGACAAGUAGGAGUAGACACAUGAUGAGAUGCAAAGACAAGAAUUUUAUAGUUAUUUUUUAUCAGAUUAAAAUUAGAUUGAUUCUUUUUUAUGUUAUCUGCCCAGCUUUAUAAUUAUAUUAUAUAUUAUGUAUUAACGUACACAUAAUGCUAUAUACACAAUAAUAUAUAAAGUAUAAACUAAAUGACAUUAAUAUACAUGAUAAAAUUAA